GAAAAUAGAUAAAUAUCCUUAACGCAUUCUUAAAAAUAUUGUAUAUAGCUAAAAUACUUCAUCCAAUUAAAUAGCUUAUUAAGAAUAAUUUAAUACAAUGACUUUUAUAAUUGUCUAAUCACUAAUCACGAUUCAAUUAGCAUUUGGCAAAGUUCCGGAUUUCUAAGAAACAUUGAUUACAUCUCGAUUUUCCGCGAUGCGUAUGUCCGCUCCAAUUUUAUCCUGUCAGAAGAUGGCACGUUUGCAAGGCUCGGAGGGACAUCGGCCGUUUCGAAUCUCGACCUUCGUCUGUGCGCAUCUGUACCGGAAGCGGGUACCGCAUGUACAUGGCUUAAGAGCAAUAAAGGAACCGGCGAGCCUCGCGAGCCAGUCAGAAGAGAAUGGGGCGAGACAGUUGCGCUGAGACCAAGAGCCGUGGCGGUACACGAAGCCGCGAAUUCGAACGAAACUUCACGUAGACAGACGCGCGAUCAUCAGCAGAUCUAUUUUCUUUCGUCUCCGUAUGAUCCAGUUAUCGCGAUCCGAUAAACAGAUCUGCUAUGCUCUAUCUGCCUGCAUCUUGCGCGUACGAUUUUUUAUCUUCAGCCGCAACAUUAAUUGUCAAUAAAUUAUUCCGUGAAACGUUUUGUAUUUUUUAUAACUCAAGCUAGAGCUAUGCAUCCUGUUAUUCGAUUAACAGUUUGAUCACGAUAUGAAUCAGUAGAGUGUGUAAAACAGAACAAUAAAAUAAUAGCGGUGUUAACAGUGAAGUGUAUUUAGCUGACCCGUGACAAAUGCUUGUAGUAUGACGUCAAAUGCGAUUAGAGGUAUCAGAAGAAAGAAGAGUUCGCUGUGCGAAAUUAAGGUAGCCGUGAUAGGAGCUCCAGGAGUCGGCAAAAGUGCAUUGACAGUGAGAUUCCUGACGAGGAGAUACAUCGGGGAAUACGAUCAUCAAUCAGAAACCAGAUAUAAACAUGAGGUACUAGUCGAUGGUGAACCAAUUCUCUUCGAGAUUUUAGAUACCUGUCCAAAGAGUGAGGAUGAGCUGCCAUCAAUGGAAACUAUACAAUGGGCCGACGGCUUGCUGUUAGUCUAUUCAAUAACAGACAGAAACUCUUUUACUUUUGUUAGAAAGGCCAAAGAAGCUCUCGCGGUAGCCGAUCCCGAAGCUGCGAUGCCUCUUGCCCUUGUUGGAAAUAAAGCUGAUAUGGUCCAUUUACGACAAGUUAGUGCUGAGGAGGGAGAAAUAUUAGCAAAAGAUUUCGAAUGCUGGUUUAGUGAAAUAACUGCAGCUGAGCAGGUUGCUCAGGUUGCGGAAUCUUUCCAUGAAUUAUGCAGAGAAGUUCUUGCAGCUAGAAGAAGAAACAAACAAUCUUUAUUGGACAGAAUGCUCGGUGGUAAAGCAACACGUGCUUAUUCGCGAGGAAAAAGCGACUCUGCUUUACCGAAGGAUUAAUAUUACUCUAAAUAUACAUAUACAUGUUACAAAUAUAAAAAGAAAUCGUUAGAAUAAAAAAUUGAUACAAUCUCUGGAGAUGUAUAAGAAAAUGAAAUAGGACAUUCAGGAAUAUAAUUGUUUACAUAAAUGAAUACAAUUACAUGAAUGAUAUACAAUGAAUGAAAGAAAAGCAAAGUAACGUGAAUGCCAAAGAAACGAUCAGUUUUUAAUUUAUAGAAGAUAAUAAGAAUCACAUAUUAAGUAAUAUAAAAAAAUAUACAGAUUUUUAUAUAUAAGUUACAAAAACUUAAAUCAUAACUUAUGGUUUUAAAAUAUAUUAGGAAGUUUAGUUCAGGGAAAAUAAAACAUAGAAAGAUAAAACGUUUUCUAAUAGUUUUGUAAUAUCCUUCUAUCAAAAUAGUAAUAUAUAUUUUAUAAUUUUUUAAUUGUUCCACCAAAUUAAACAUUCUUUCAAAUCUGAAAGGCUGAUUGCGAGUGUGUAAACAAAAUACAUAUAAACUGCGUUCCAAAAUUCACUACUGAAAAUCUAUAAGUAUAUGUAACAGAUUUUUAGUACUGACAGUGUAUAUCGGAGCACAGCCACAAUAUAAGUGUUACGACUUACACAAUUCUAUUUACUUUGUACUUACAAAAUGACAAUAAAUUUUCAUGUAUUUAUUA